CCGUUUUUAAAACAGAGAAGAAGAAUCCGGUGACGGUGAUAAAAAACGACACAAAACGACGCUCUUAUUAUUAAAAUAACAUUUGGAAGAUAGUUAAUUAUCAGUUUAAACGCUUUAAAUUUCUGUUAAUCAAAACCUUAGAUGUUUCCGUGAAGAAGCUACACGGUUUGCGUUUGCUUCGUUUUUUUAUCUGAUGGUAUUUGAUAAUAAAUAUUAGCUAGCCACUAGCUAUCUGUAGCGCAACUUCUAUUUUUUUGUGAAUUUGUAUUUUCUCAAAAAUUCCCGGUGCCGCUUUAGUUAAAAAUUAGGUGCCUGAAAAAACCAAAAGAUGUCGAAGGAUUAUGAAUUCAGCGAAGACUCGAGCCUGAUGAGAAUGGAGGAGGAUGGAGAUGCUAACAACGACGACCCGAUGUCCGCUAGUGGGGACUGUGGCCUGACGAUGGGAGGCGAGGCCGAAGGGUCGAGGAUUGACGCCAGUAAAAACGAGGAGGACGAAGGGAAGAUGUUUGUGGGAGGCCUCAGCUGGGACACCACUAAAAAGGACCUGAAGGAUUACUUCUCAAAGUUUGGGGAGGUUGUUGACUGCACAUUAAAACUGGACCCCAUGACUGGUCGAUCAAGGGGUUUCGGCUUUGUACUUUUCAAAGAACCGGAAAGUGUUGAAAAGGUUGCAUCACAGAAGGAACAUAAGCUCAACGGGAAGGUGAUCGACCCCAAAAGAGCCAAAGCCAUGAAGACCAAGGAGCCUGUGACGAAGAUCUUUGUUGGUGGUCUGUCUCCAGAUACUCAUGAAGACAAAGUCAGAGAGUACUUUAGUGCUUUUGGAGAGGUGGAGUUGAUUGAACUUCCCAUGGAGAACAAAACUAACAAAAGGAGAGGCUUCUGCUUCAUCACAUUUCUAGAGGAGGAGCCAGUGAAGAAGAUUAUGGAGAAGAAGUACCACAACAUCGGACUCAGCCAGUGUGAAGUAAAGGUGGCUGUGUCAAAGGAGGUGUACCAGCAGCAGCAGUACUGGGGAGGCAGAGGAGGAUACUCGUCCAGGUCCAGAGGAAGAGGAGGUCCCAGUCAGAACUGGAACCAGGGUUAUGGUAACUACUGGAAUCAAGGCUAUGGGAAUUAUGGGAAUUAUGGCAAUUACGGUUACGGCAAUCAAGGAUAUGGAGGCUAUAGUGGCUAUGACUACUCUGGGUACAAUAAUUAUUAUGGAUACGUGGACUACAGCAAUCAGUCUGGCGGGUACGGCAAGUCGCCGCGGCGUGGCGCUCACACCAACAGCUUCAAGCCGUAUUAAAGAGCUCAGCUUCUAGUAGGUAUCCAGUAACAAACUCACACAGAUUAGUCCAAACUAUAAGUAGCUAUAUUAACUUUGGUGUUUUGUAAUAUUUUGUUUAAUUUGCUCACGUAAAUUUCUUUUUCUCAGCACCUUCAUGUGCUUUACAGUAGUGGUAACAUAGAGGCUAUGCUCUUGUGGCCAUUAUUUUUAACAGCCGGCCUCCUUUUGCACCUUCUCUUGUUUUUCCUUUUUAACUGUAAAGUUAACAGGUAAAGUGCUACUACAGUAAAUGGAUGCCAAAGUUAAGGAUGUGCAGGGAAACAGAAAAGGAAGUUUAUUGUCUCCUAACUCUGACAUACCUUGUUUGUACCUGCCAGCGGAGCUUCCUUGCAGGCCAUGAGCUGACUCCCAGAUACCCUCAGGGCCCGCUCAAUGCGGACCGGGUACGAGCAGCGUACGCUCUCGAAUGCUGCCAUUUGGUAUGGUCUUACAACAUCCUGUAUCAGAAUUUCUAAGUAUGGGACACGUGCAGCUUUGUUUUUCUUUCUUUCUAUUUUUAAGCCUUUUGGGUUUGGCGACUGUUAUGUAAUGUAAAACUUAAACAUACACAUGUAAUUGUCAUUCUUUUUACAGGCCCUUACUCCCCCACAAGUAAUGAUUAUACAUAUGAAAGAAAGAAAUAACUAUCUGUUUUUUAAAGGAUACAUACAGCUUUCUCUGGACUUUCCAGUUCUAAUGUAAAUAAUUCACUUCUAAUGGUAUUUUUUAUUUAACUAGUAGUCCAUGAGCUUUAACCUGGUUUGGACUCUACUGCGUUGGGGGAUAAAGUGCUUUAAUUUGUGUAAUUGUAUUCUUCUGUUUUGUGUUACUGACAGCGAUGGAAAAGACUCCUCUUUUUGUUAAUUUUUCCUGCAACACAUUUUUCUCUUAUAACCGUUGAUUUAAACAAAAUCAUACAGAAAAAGAUUUAAAGUGUCACGUUUCCAGAAAUUUGCAUGUAAUGCUUUCUUUAAUGUGUAUUUUUGAUCAAAAUGAAGUACCGUAAAUCCUCUAAUACAAGCCCGGGCCUGUAUUUGACUCAAGCUCAUCAAGCUCCAGGACUUUAUUGGAAGGAGGGCCAGAAGUAGAGGCAGACCUCAAUUUCUAUUUGAGCAAAAUGAACUAAUGGUUCGCUGGAGUUUUUGACAAUUAAAAUUGCGCCCACAUUUUCAAAGUUAAACACAUUGCUUUUAACAACGGUAGUUUCUGCUUCAGCCCUCUCCCCCCUCCCCCUGCGCAGCGGCCGCAAACUCACUGAUGCACCUGCAGCCUCUCAGAGUUCCUGCUGCUCUAAACAUUAAAAUAAUUAUUUCAUUUUCUGUUCCUCACUUCUGAUUACCUUCAAUGGUGUCUGUUUGUUGCAACCAGCAGGUACAAAAACUAACUUGUUUUUAUUUGACUAUUUUUCUGUCCUGUCUGUUUAUUAUCUUCCUGCAUCUCCUCUCAAUCCUAAAGAAAAACUGCUACCUGCGUUCAUAUAUAUUCACCUUAUGAGUUACCGCCGGCCACAUCAUUUAGGUGCGUCACUGAGGACAAAACAAGUGAUGCACCCUGAUCCACAGCAGCGAAACGCAUCACGCACAAAUAAAAGAAUAAAAGACAGAAAACAUAAAAGGAAAUGAGCCAACAUGAAAGAUCACGUGUUAAAUUAGUUUUUGAGGUGGCGACACCUAAUUUGAUAAUGUUACUGUGGCCGUACUCAGGACGCAGAUGUCUGGAGCGCGUCAAUAAUCAGAGCUUUGCGUGCACAAGCGGGUUAAGGUUAGGAUGGGGUGAGGGGAAGGUUAAAUUGCAAGAGGGUAAACGUCACAAUUUGGUUAAAUGUCCGUUUUACGGCGGGUGUCAGUACCGACGCUCUGGCACAGCGCGUUGCCUCCCGACGCGCAGGAGCUUGUCACCUGCUGACAGCAGGCUGCUGUCUUCCGUGGACUGCAUCUUGCCGGCCAUUAUCACGUGACAGCGACUAGUCGAUGACAGGCAUAAAAAGUCACUAUAGAGCGGUGAAGUCGACUAGUGACUAGUUCAUACAACCCCUGCUACUGCUCCCCAGAGUGUUCUGCAGCAUAAUCAGCACGUUCUCUUUGAACUUGAUAUCAUAUUUUCGCCUCCUCUUCGUCUCCGCACGGUUAAAGUUACCCUCGCGGUCUAUCACUGGCAAAUCAAAAGUGAGACGGAUGACACAACCGCCCCCCGUACUUGCUUGUUACCACAUUCCACCCGGCCACAAUAAGAUACCGGCCAUUAUUCACCUCUGCUGACUCCGACCAAAGUAUGAUACCCAGCAGUUAAUUAAAUACAGGCUAAUAUUAGAGGAUUUACGGUAUUUUUUUCUCCAUUUAGUAUUUUGACUUGUUCAGUUUUACGCACUUCAAGACCCCUAGCUUAACUUUCUCACUUUUACAAAUGCAAAAUGUUAAAUUAAUUGUUUCUCCUGAUUGUUUUUAAUUAUAUCUGACGCUUAAAACACAGGGGAUUCCUAUUUUGUCCUGCUCUUUUGUACCUAGAUGGCGUGCUGUUCCUUCAGAGCUGACUUGUGUCUGUUUGUUUUCCGUAGGCGUCAGAGUGGUGAGUCUGCUGUUCGCUGGUGGAGAAACUAUCCAGAAAGAUGAUCCCGUUUUUGAAAAGCACACAAGCGUGCUCUGAGCUACAGUACGUGUGCUCCACAUUUACAGAAAUAUUUCAGUGUUUUUGUUAGCUUAGAUCGCUUCCAGCAUAUUCAGACUCUCCUUUUGCUUUCCGUGUAUAAAGUUCUCAAAAGCUGCUUGUGAAUCGCUUCAUUUAUUUCAUUACUGAAAUGUAUUAUUGGUUGGACAAAUCACACAUACAUCUCUAUAUAUAUACACACAGUACUCUGGCAGCAAAAAUACAAGACACCCCCCCCACCCCGAUCGUCAUAUAAAACAUGUUACUACACCGUUUGAGUCAUACACAUACAUAAUAUGUACAAAGUGUACUAGAUGUUGAAAAUGCUUCAAAUAAAAACAAAACCUGCUCA